AUGAAUAUUACAUCAGCAGUUUGUUGGUGCAACAUCUGGGACAAGAACACAAUUGUGAAUGUGGGUCCCGAUGUCCUGUGCCUGCGCAAUGGCAAUGCCAUCAAGUUUGUUCACAUGCAGACGAAGGCGGUGCAUUUCUUUAAGCCGGAGACGGUGGCCACGGGACUGAACAUCAGUGCUUUUGCCGGGCACAAUCGUUUUCCGCUCUUCGCCUUCGCUGAGGUCGUCCUGCGGCCCAAUAUCUAUAUAUAUCGCUAUCCGGAUAUGGCCAAGUUCAGUUCCAUUCCACCCCACUUGAUAAGCUACACCGACAUCCGCUUCUCGGAACUCGACCUUCUGGUCGCCGUGGGCGGCUAUCCUGACUACUGCCUGUGCGUCUACAACUACCGCACUGGAUCCCUGGUCCUGGAACAACCCACCGGUGUGCCCACCGUGGCAAGAGGCAUUGUUAUCAGCUUCUCCAUUCUGCCCAGCAUCAUUCAGUGGAACAAACAGGAGAUGAGCCUCGUCUGCUACGACAUCUGCACCGUCGAGAAGGAGUACUUCCUGUACAAGGUGGCCGAAGUGGAGCUGGGCAAGGAUUUUCUCAAGUCCUGGGAGCGUUGCCUGACCUUCGGCGAGGACACCAUCCUGUACUGCACCAAUGACUUUGGUCACCUUCUCACGGUGGACGUGGCCUGCUUCUACCUGAAGCCCCAGUGGGAACCUGUUUACGACGCGGAUCUCGAGGGGGAGAGGAUGCCCCGCGCCCACGGCCUCAUCUACCAUCGAUCCGGGUUUGUCAUCUGGAAUAGCUCGACUGCUUAUUACCUAAAGAAGAAGGGAGGUGUUUAUAAGGUCGAGUGGGAGCUUGAGUCCCGCGUGCACGGGGUCAACCGCUUCCAUAGCAACAGCAAUGGCGAGAUCUACGCGGAGCGGCGACCGGGUCACAUUGACCAGGUGAUUAUAGAUCGCAACGGGGCGGCUACGCUGGAGUGCGUGGUUCCGACGGGUCGUCCGGUGAUCACGUUCCGGGUGCUCCAGGGCCUCAAGGACGAGUGCGUGUGUGUGCUGCACGACGAGGGGGUGGCCAUGAUGGAUCUGGCCAAGGGUCACACGCUCUGCGAGGUGGCCGUUCCUGCGGCAAGCGCAAUGUGCAACCAUCGCAGUUUGGCUUUGGUGGCCGUGGGCACCAUGGAUGCCCGCCUCGUCUUAAUCCAGUUCGAGCGGGCUAGUUUGCCCCAUGUCCUGUGUGAAUUGCAGCUGGAGACGGCGGGCGUGGUGGGUGUGGACUUCAACGACAGCUGGCUGGUGUUCCAGGACCAGGCCAAGUUGCUACAUGUCGUUCAGGUGGACAACAGGCCGCACAAGCUGACGCACUACUUCGAGAUGAGCCAGGUGGAGCUGGGCCAGGUGUUCGUCCACACCUUCCUGCUGGCCGAUGGGCCGCGUCUGAUGGUCUUCAUCAACCGGGAUCGCAGCAUGAAGCGUCCCGGCUUUGCCACCGAACUGUGGCUCUUCCAGUGGGGCAAGGACAAGCGGCUGCAUCGGCGCGAGUAUGUCCUGCCCAAGGAGUACGGCUUCUUCUGCGUCCAGCCACCGGUGGGAAGGUGGGCGGUCAUCGAGAUCGUGGCCACUGAGUACAACACCCUGAACUUUGACCAGUUUGCGCUGAACGAACGCGACGAACUGCAGUGGAUGGCCUCCACCCAGUCGGGGCACUUCAGCUUCAUUCUGGGCGCCGGCAUGACCAAGCAUCUGGUCACCUGGAGCAUGGGCGGCAUCCUGGUGCACUUCAAGCAGCACAAGCGGGCCAAGAAGCCGUUCAUGAUCUGCCGUUUCCUCAAUUUGGGCAUGCAAACGGAGUACAUACUGCGCGUGAAGGAGUGCUUUAAUUCCAAAUACCUGAUCAUCCUGCUGGCCAACAAGAGCAUGCGGGUGAUGCGACUGCCAUCCUUAGCGGACUUUGUGAGGGAAAAUGUCGCUUUGCCGCUGCCCGUGGAGGAGGGCAUUCCUUGUUUCAUAGAGGAGGUGAUCCACAAGGUGGACCUCUUUGUGCCGCUGAGUCUGCGGCAGGAGGUCAAGGAGGAGUACACGCGGGCGGAUCUGUUGAAGCGCGAUAAGUUGUUGGCCCAGAUAAAGGACUUUGCCGCCAAGGUGACGGCGCUGAUCGAUUAUGAUAUCUCCAAGACGGGAAAAACACGCGGCAUCUUCAAGAAGUUCUGCUUUCACUACCGCUGGCUGGAUGCCCUCACCGAGGAGGCCCACAAGUUGUGCGCUUUGGAAAGGGAAUCUCUGGAACGGGCAAUUGCGGAUCAGGCCAGGAUUCGCGAUUGGAUAAUGCGCCUGGUGACCCGCGAUGCGGUGAGCAUUAACUAUAGGGUGCGCUCCAUUUUCGCGGAUGCCAAUUUCGAGAGCUUCUCGGUGCGACGCAAAAUCGAGAUGACGGAGUUCGACAAGUAUCGGUUCUAUGACCUCGAGGACCAUUUGCGCGUCUCCCUGGGUUCCUUCGAGGAGGAGGAGGCACCACCAGCUGCCGCUGCCGCUGCAGCUCAUGCUCCUCCCCCAGCCAUCGAAGAUGAAGAAUACGUCGACGAUGAGGAAGUGAAGGAAGUGGCUGUCCAGGGACUCCGUGAACUCAAGCAGUUCGUGGUGGAGGGACCCAGUGUCUACGAGCACAUCAUGGCGCCUGUUUUCCAGCUGCAGGACAAGAAUCUGGUGACCUCGAACCAGCUGUUCAACUACAACUGCAAGAUCCGCUACUACCUCAACGACCCGCUCAAGCAGGAGUUCAACAAGCUCUUCCACGAGGCCCAGCAGCUCAAGCAGGACACCAUCGACAGUGUGAUGAGCACGAAUGUGGUGCUGAACAAGAUCUACGAUAAUAUGAACAUAAUGCUGCGCCUGCUCAAUAUGGAUCAGUUCGAGGUGCCCGAGCUCACGGUUCCUUCGCUGGCCCCCGACGAGGUGAUCAAGCGGAUCAUGGAGGUGGAUGACUCUGAGAUCAAGGCAAUCAAUCGCCGCAAACCCAAGACCAUCGAUACGGGCGGCAAGAAGGGGCGUCUCCUCCUGUGGAGCACCGAGUUCUGGGCGCGGGCCCUGAUCGUCAUGAUGGACGGGGUGCUGGAGAAGCUGUGGGAGGAGGAGAUCAAGAAGGACAUACCGGAGCCGGAGUUCGUGCAGAAGAAGCAGCCGCACGAGUACAAUCUCGAGGAGCAGAAGAUCUUCCGGGCCUACGAGGAGGCAGUGCGACUCCUUGAGCUCGAUCGCCGCAAGUAUCUGCGCAUCCUGCACGAGAACGAGGAGAAGACGCUGGCCUUGAAGGCCGCCCAGAUCCUGAAGCUCAACCAGCGCGUCGCCGAGCUGAUGAUCGUGAAGCUCAAGUACGACUUUGCCCUCAAGCAAGGUCAACUGCGACUGCUCACCCUCGAGCAGAUCAACUUCGGCCGGGUGCAGUUGCAAAAGCGCUUUAGUAUGUUUCGCAAGGAUAUCGACAAGUUGAACGACUAUAUGACGCGUUAUGGCAAUCUCCUGGAUUUCUACGACAAGGCCUUUCUCGAUGUGAAGACUCGACUGGAGGCUCAGCAGACCCGCGAUCGAGCUGUGGAGCGUCAGUUCCGCGGGCAGUUCCUGCCGCUGGUGCCCCAUGCCACCCAUGAGAUGACCAAGCUGUUCAAGAAGCGACCCAAGCUGCCCGGCAAGGUCUUCAACUCGGUGCUCAUCUGUAUGGAGGCCUCGAACAAGCUGAGCGGCAAGCCCAGCCACCGAACGCCCUUUCCGCUGCCCGACGACGUCCUCGAGUUCCUCAACUACCUGGCCGAAUUCGACCAGCCCAAGCAGUGUCCGCCGCAGGUGGACGCCAAGUCCUGGGACACCUUCGUCAAGCUGCGGCGCCAGAAGACCGAGAGCGAGCUGCGACUGAAGGGCAUUGGCUACCAGCUGCUCGACAGCCAGAACCUUCUGUCUCUCCUCAACAAGGACCUCGCGGCGCUCAAGGAGUCUAAGGUCCUGACGCAGCGCAAUGCCGAGGAGAGCAUCCAAACUUAUUUGGAAAAGAUGAGAAACAUGACGAUCCAGUUGACCCUCACCAAGGGCCAGGUGGAGGUUUCGGUGCUGGGUCAGUUCACCAAUCUCUCCAACACAGUGCUAAUGCACGUGGACGACAUCAACGAUGUGAAUCGCCAGAUACAGGAUGCCGGAAACAAGAAGAUCAAGGCCAUGCAACGAGUGGCUGUCUUCAGGCGCCAGGUGAUCUUCAAGGAGUGGGAGCACAAGCUGUACAAGGCCAAUAUAGCGUACUUGAAGUACAUGCUGGACGCCAUCGAGAAGUGCAAGGUGUCCAUGGAGUUCCUCAAUAUCCUGCGCAACUGGGAGAAGGUCAAGACGGAGCGACAGAAGUACAUUGCCGGCGCCAUCGAACGCGUGAUCGAGCAAAAGAUAGCUGUCUUCAAGAGGAACAUCGAACGUGUGAACAUGACUAUCGACACGGUCAAGGCCCAGACCUUGGAGGUGAAGCGCAGCAGUCACGCCAUCGACUCCAAGAUCGAGCGGAUCAAGGUGGACGUCACUUUCCAGAACACUAUGCGCGAUACCAUGAUGGAGGACAAGCGGGAUCGCGAGCAGCGCGAACGAAUGUCGCAGAUUAAGACCCACCGGCAGCUCAUGGAGAAUGUGCGCCGCCACUACGCCCAUGUGCUGGAAUUGCAGACGAUACUGGAGCUGCUUCGUCUGCGAACCUACCCCACACUGGGCCCACCCCUGCCCCAAUGUCAUCCGCCGGUGCCGGAGCACAUCCUCAGUUCGGUGCCCUAGGCGAAGUUCAACCCGAGGA